CAUAUGUUUUGCCAACAAAUGUCAAAACCGCCUUCAAUAUAUAAACGCGAGCAUAUUUAUCUAUAUUACUUUUUCGAAGGCUGAAACUUAAUUAUUCAUAAAAUAGUGACAAAAUGGUUAAGAAAAUUCUUAUGAUUUGUUUAGGUAAUAUUUGCCGGUCACCAAUAGCCGAGGGUGUUAUGAUUGAAACAAUCGAGAAUGCCGGUGCAUCUGACGAAUGGAAAGUUGAUUCGGCAGCUUUGGGUAGUUGGCAUGUAGGCAAUCCACCAGACCAUCGAGCAUUAAAGAUAAUGCAGAAUCAUAAUAUAAACUACAAGAAUAAAGCGCGCCAAAUUAAAAAAGAUGAUUUUCUGCAAUUUGACUACAUAUUCGGUAUGGAUGAGGAGAAUAUGAGCGAGCUGCGAAAUUUGUCACCAGCAAAUUCGAAGGCAAAAUUAUUGUUGUUGGGAGAUUUUGGUCUGGAUAAAAGCGAUCGUAUUAUCGUGGAUCCUUACUAUCAAAGAGGUGAUGCUGGCUUCGAGAAGGCUUAUCAGCAGUGUGUUGUUGCUUGUGCUGCGUUUUUGAAAGAUGCCGCUGCGGGCAAAGUUUAAGGUGAGGGUUACAAAGCACACAUCCCAAAUUUACUAGGUAAAUUAGUGAAAUUAAAAUGUACAAGACACAUGUUGUAAAACACAAAAUCAGCUGAUAUAAGUGAUAAAUCAAAAGAGAGGCAAAUACAUGAACAAUUAUGAAAUAAAAUGUUUAUGUUUUAUUAAAAAAAAAACCAACAAAUUUUAUUUUGCUGCCAAAUUUAUAUACUAUAAGGAUGCAUAGUGAAACCAAAUUAUUUAAGGUAAUACAUGCCGCUCACCAAUGGCGGAAAGCGUCAUGAAGCAUUGGGUGGAGGAGUAUGAUCUCAGCUGGAAGGUGGACAGUGCUGGCCUGAGAACGUGGAAUGUUGGACGUAAGCCGAAUGAGCGCUGUAUUAAAGUACUGCAAGAAAAUGGUUUAACAACGGAUCAUAUCGGUAGACAAAUUUCAACAAUGGACUUUUACAAUUAUGACUAUAUUCUUGCCAUGGACGAACAUAAUUUGCACGAGCUACAAACGCUUGCCAAAGACCCAAGUCAAGAAAGGUGUGCAAAAAUCGAACUGCUCGGAAAGUAUAUUGACCGACCGGAAGACCAAAUCAUACGUGAUCCAUAUUUUUGCAACUCAAUGGGCGGCUUUCGUUGCGCGUUUCUUCAAAUUACCGAAAGCUGUCAAAAUUUCAUAGCCGCACACAUGUAUACCGAUUAGAAGCACUCAGAAAGUGAAAAACGCCAAAAAAUUGAAAACUUGCUUAGAGAUGUGUGAAAAUGAUACACUCAUAAAUUUCAUGUAAAAAAUUGUAAAUCGCACGUACUAUAAUUUAUUUCAUAUCAGUAAACAACAUUUGUUUAUAA